UGAUUUACCUGGAAUCUGUAACAUCAUCAAUACAAGGGAGGUUUUGCAGACAAUAGAUGAAUACUCUUUCUAUAAAGUUGAAACAGUCCGAAAAGAUCCAAACUUAUCAUUAGAGUGUCGGCUGAGACUCUUGAGAUCAGGAGGAUAUUCUUCUGAAAAUAUGUCUGCUUUCUUGGAAACCAAUCAUUCAGAGUUUCUGAUAAUAAACUGCACUAAACCAGAACUGGAAGCUUGGACAAAACUUAUAGAGUUUAGACCGGAGAUGAUGAAUGAUCAGAAGGUGGUGUGGAGGAGUAAAGAUGCUGGAAACCUAGAAACUAUUCUACCAAACCUAUUCAAGGCUUUGAUCAAAUCUUCUCUUACUUCACUCACCAUUCAGAUAGAUCUUACAACGCCAAUGGACAAUUCCUCCUGCGAUGUUACUGAGGAACUGAGAUACUUUUGUCAGCUGAUUCCUCAGCUAGCGGAGAAGUUGACCCAUCUAGAUAUAUCAGUGGAGGGGUCAGCAGUUCUCUUCCCAGUAGUCGACAAUGUUACCAAGUUUGCUCUGAGCGCCUCUAAUUUGGAGAGUUUAAGCCUAAACAUGGAUCUUGGCUCAUCUUCUUUAUCAAUGAUAACCAGUGCCCUUGUAACCUUACCCUCACUCAAGUCAUUGACCUUAAAACAGGUUUCUGCAGGAACUGUCAACGUAAAAUCAAGCCCAGGAUUUGGUUCAGAUCUGCAUGAGACUGAUCAGUAUGUUUAUGAAGAAGAAGGAACAACUGUAUCCGAACAAGAGUUUGAAAACAUAUCAGAAUCAGUAAGUGAGAUAUUUGCUAAAGCUCUUGGCGUAAGUCUUGAAGUAUCAAUGAACUCUGCAGGGUUCCCUGGAUUUGCUCUGGGAGGAGGUUUCUAUCCUCUCCCGACCUGCUCCGGGGGCACCUCUGGAGUUCACUAUCUCAGUGAGUAUUUGAAUGAAAGAAGAUGUGGUUUGAAUUCUCUUAGUCUCAAUCUGACCACACUAAAUGAAGUGCUUUGUCUCAGUGGAUCCCUGCUUAGAAACCAUUCCUUGAAGACCUUGAUGUUAAACAGUUCAGAAUUCUUAGAGUCCGAGGACACUUAUAUUUCCUUUCCGCUCUUGAUGGCCAUUUCAACGAAUGUUGGUCUAUCAGAACUUGAUUUGUCAGGAAUGAAACUAAGCAUGAGUUCUGAUGAAGUUAGUUUAGCUCUGUACGCUCUCUCCUCUAACACAGCACUCAGGUUCAUAAAUCUUUAUUUGACAAGUUUCUAAUAAACAACAGGAAACCAG